AUGUCAUUUCAACACCUUUAUAAUCUUCAUAGUGAAAAGUUGGAAGAUUUUUCAAGCUCUGAGUCGAACGAUGAAGACAACAAACCACCAUUGUACACUUAUGAGGAGUUGAAGGAAAAUUUGGUUGUUUACGAUGGACGUGGGACGAGAAACUUUGAAUUUGACUUGUCUGAGCAGAGUUCUGAUGAAGAAGAAUCCGGUACCAAAUCACCCAAUCACUUUAUGAAGUUGAAGCAAGUAACUGAAGGCAAACGUGAAAAAGAUCUGGACGAAGAACAUUCUAACUUACAAGUUACAACCACCGAACAAAUUCAGCAGCAAUUAACGAAACGCCUGACAAAAACAUUUUGUUACAUUUGCAAGAAACAAAACGAUUUAACGCAAUUUAAUCGGCAUUAUAACAGUGGAAAUCAUUUCAAUAAUGAACCAGUUGAUAUCAAAUACUUGUUUUGCCAAGCUUGCAACCUACCACUGGAUGGAAACGAUAAAGCCAAAAAGCAUUACACUAUGGCAAUGCAUUUAAAAAAUUCGAAAAGGUUUUGCUCUGUGUGUUGUAAAGGUGUACUUCCUUACAAUUUUUCAACUCAUCUUAGUACAAAAAAACAUUUACAGAAACUGGAAAAAGAAAAACCUGAAACAACCAAAGAAGACAAUGUUGUAUGUACAACAUCUUAUGCAGGUGCUUUAAAAAAGCAAGAUGUUAUUAUUGACAAUAAACAGUCAGUAGUGGUAAUAAAGGAAACUACUAUAAAAACUGAUUCUAAUAAGGACAAUUUCAUUAAAUUGUCUGAUUAUUUGAACCAUCUUAAAAAAAUCGAAGAGAAAGUUGUAACUCCAGAAUCAAUUUCUAUUGAACUUGCCAAACUUAUGGAAAACAAAUAUUGCCAAUUUUGUCCCGACGUUAAAAAAUUCAAUAAAAAGCAUUUGAACAAGUGCCAUUUCGAUAAUGUUGUGCAAUGGCUGGAAAACGAAAUAAAUCCAGUCGAUUUGGCUCUGCUGUUUUGUGAAGUUUGCAAUUUGCCAUUGUCCGGAAAUAAUUAUGCAUUGAAACAUUACGAGACAAGUUUGCAUUUGCACGCUGUGAAAACAUUUUGUAGAGUUUGUUGGAAAAACUUCCCAAACACUUCCUUGCAACUGCACAAUCAAUCAAACAAACAUUUGAAAAAAUCCAGAACUGAUACUGAUAAUUCAGAUAAUCUGAGUUCAGAUUGGAACACUAUCAUUGAAGAAGAAGAAGAAGAAAUGGAACAAAAAAAUCAACCAUUGAAAAAAACCUCAACAACCACAGAUCCAAAACCCAUGAAACAAUACAAACGCCUAGCGACUUACGUAUUGAGAUUUUUGGACGAAAAAUUCUGCUACGUUUGCAACAUGCCAGUGGUUGCGCUCCAGCACUACCAAUCCCAGCAGCACAUGCAAACCAUCAGGAAAUGGUUGGAAACCAAUUACAACCUUUUGGAACUUUUCGGCAUUCGAGAUAUCGAGGAGCUGGUUUACCCAUUCGUUCUUACCAACAAUAAAAACCCUAGCGUCCUACUAGCUACGAAUUUAAAAAUACUGCUCACCCCGUCUUUGUGCGAAGUAUGCGACUUGGAAAUCACCCCGAACAAUGUAUUCCAUUACAAAGAGAGAAAUCACAUUUUAACUAUCAGAAAUUGGAUGAGCUAUGGAAUGCAAACUUUACAAGUUUUUGUUGAUCCAAGAUUGAUUUACUGUGAAGCUUGUACUUUGAUUUUAUGCGGUACUGAAGCGGCACGAGGGCAUUACAAAAAUGUUGACCAUUUAAUAAAUCAACCCUUGUAUUGCCCCCAUUGCAUUUUCAAAGGCACCCAAGAAUCAAUGCUCCCACAUUUCUUAUCCCCAGAGCACAGACUACGCUUUUGCCAAUCACUUAAGUUGCAACACGAAGUUGGAAUUAUUGGUAAACAACAAUUAAUUCAAAUUCCUGUUUCUGUUAAUAAUAAUUCAAUGAUGGGUCAAAACUUAUUCUAUAAUGGACCAAGACCAAGUAUAAAUCAAAUGGUUGUGGCAAACUUUAUGCAAUCGAUGAGUCAAAGGGCUGUUUCAACAAAUGCGGAAGAAUCCCAGUUGAAAAUGCAAAUAAAUCGUGAAGUUAAACGUUUGCUUGAACUCGUGUAUUGUUCAGGCAAAGUGCCUUUGAAAGAAGCUGCUAACUAUUUGAAUCUUCUCAAUCAAAAACUUGUCAGCAAAAUAAGAGACAAAUGAUUUAUUUUGUUAGUUUUGUAUUUUUAUAUUAUAUUAUGUUAUAUAAAUAAACUUUAUAUUGAUAUUGAUAUA